AUUUGAAUUCUGUUUCUUUAUUGUAAAGCUGUGUUUUUUGUAUUCUUUUUCUUUUUCCUCUCUAUUUUCUGACUUUCAUUUUAAUGGUUGGAGAGUCACUUUCAAGUUCUGAGAUGGCUGAGUUGGGUACUGGGGAGUUUUCUUCUUGACCUCUUGUUUUUUGUGGAGCUGUCUUCUCACUAGCGUUGCAGCACCUCUAGCACACUUAUGCAACCAAGUGCAGGGUGCUUAGUACCACUGUCUUGUUUCUUUUAUCAGUGAGCUUCCAGAUUUGGAGUAUCUCUCCUCAGAGAUAAUUUGGGGACAAUAAAUGGAAUUGAAUAAUUGGUUGUCUUGAAGAAUUAAAUCAAUGCUGAUGGAGCUAAAUUGGAAAAUCACUCUCGGUUUCGUCUUUGCAUCGUUCUGGUUUCGAUCAAUAUCAUGCGAUGAGUUCGGAAGACUCAGAUGGGCAUGUAUAUGCGACCCCAAUCCUCUAGAACCGCAGAAUUACACUCCCACGAUCAAUUGUUCUACAUCUUGUGAUUGUGUCCUUGAUGGAGAAAGAUGGAAUUGUUCGUGCUCGUCUGAAGGUUCAUCUCCCAAGACUCCAGGCUACAUCAAAGACGCCGGUUGUUUUUCUGCUUGCAAUUGCACAUCUGACAUGCUAGAAUCAUCGACAGCUGCAAAGAAGCCUUUCUCUAACAAAGCCGUUAUAGCCGUCCUCCUACUCUGCGGCUUGCUCACAACGAUUGCAGUUUUUGCUUCUGCAGCAUGCUACUGCUAUAAGAAGGACAAGCUCUCUGUCCAAACAAUUACAACAUUAUCUGACAAGGAAACAAGUUGGAACAGUAGGAUUAACUUGAUGAGUGAUCAGUCUGGUUCAUUCCAAGGGUUUCCUGUCAAGAGCCCAAUCAUUGCAGGUCUUUUCCGCUGGCCGUCAUGGUUGGGAAGUGAAAAAGGAGCUAUACCAGGCACAAUCACGCAAUUUUCUUAUGUGGAAUUAGAUCAAGCGACCAAUAAAUUUUCAAAUGAUAAUCUCAUAGGAUGCGGGGCAAGCAGCGAUGUAUACUAUGGCAAACUUAGAAAUGGAAGAGCUAUUGCUGUUAAGAAACUAAAGCCGCCUGCAGGGCAAGAAGACAAUGACUUUCUGGCUGAGAUUGAAAUGCUAGCAAGACUAAACCACUGUCAUGUAGUACCUUUGCUCGGAUACUGCUUAGAGUCCCAAGGAAGACAAUCUGUGAAGCUGCUAGUUUUUGAGUAUUUAGCGAAUGGUAAUUUGCGUGAUUGCCUGGACGCAAAAGGAAAGGAACCCAUAGACUGGGAAACCCGUGUUGCGAUUGCCAUCGGAGCUGCAAAAGGCUUGGAAUAUCUUCAUGAAGCAGCUGCUCCAAGGAUAUUGCAUCGAGACAUCAAGUCCACCAACAUUCUUUUAGAUGACAAGUACAGAGCUAAGAUAACUGAUCUCGGUAUGGCCAAACGGCUAAUGGCUGAUGAUAUCACAAGUUGCACGAACUCUCCAGCGAGAAUGUUAGGGACUUUCGGAUAUUUUGCCCCUGAGUACGCUAUCGUGGGAAAGGCUACACUAAAAUCAGAUGUUUUCAGUUUCGGUGUGGUGGUUCUGGAGUUGAUUACCGGUCGGCAACCUAUACAGAAAUCAUCUAACAAGACCCAUGAAAGCCUUGUAAUGUGGGCAAAGGCUAGGUUGCGAGAUAGUACGCUGGUUGUUUCAGAGCUGCCUGACCCUGUUCUGAGAGGUAAGUUCCCAGAAGAGGAAAUGCAAAUUAUGGCUCAUUUAGCUAGAGAAUGCCUGCAAUGGGAUCCGGACUCUCGACCAACGAUGAGUGAAAUUGUUCAAAUACUCUCCAUAAUUUCGCCUGAUAAAACCAAGAGGAGAACCUUGCCUGCAAGUUUAUUCAUGGCCAAACAGGGUUCAUCAUCUUCAUCCCAGAGUAUCAAGAGCAUUCCUGAAUCAGAUAGAAUUGACGGUGGUUCCCUUGGGAACAUGGAAAGGAGUUGUCCGUCUUCAGUGAGAUGGAACGCGCGGAGCUCAUGGCCUCUGGCAGUUGAUAGAUAUAUUUGCAAGGCUCCACAGAACAAUGCAGAAAUGAUACUAUCAGCUGAAUACAUGGAGAGACUAAUAUUCUUGACAUCAAAGGGAAACCAUAGCGGAAGGGCCUCCGAUGAUGGAACAGUUGACCUAACCGAACCCCGUUUUGAAUCAUUUGUGUCGUCAAAUAUUCGGUCACUUUGAUGAAAAGAACAUCACCAGAAGCAGCCUGAAGUCUGCUUGUAUAUAUGUUUUAUUUUAUUUUAUUUUUUUCCUUAUAGGCACAGAAGGAAACAGAAGGGAUGGAAGAAAGAAAUGUUAAGGCUUGAUUCUAUUUGAUCAUAUGAAGUUCCACUUAAAUGGUCACUAUUCAUUGUGA